AUGGCGUCCGGUCGAGUGCAUGCCGGGAGAUUGGUGGUUGAGAGUGCGGUGGCAGAGGAGCUGGUGACGUUGGCAUAUGAGAAUGGGAUCAAUCUGUUCGACACAGCUGAAGUGUAUAAUGCUGGAAAGGCGGAAGUUGUCUUGGGAAGCAUCAUAAAGAAGAAAGGUUGGAGGCGUUCCAGUUUAGUCAUCACCACCAAAAUCUUCUGGGGUGGAAAAGCAGAAAUGGAAAGAGGAUUGUCAAGAAAACAUAUAAUCGAAGGUCUAAGGGCAUCACUAGAGAGACUUCAGCUGGAGUACAUAGAUGUGGUUUUCGCGAAUCGUCCAGAUCCUAACACACCUAUAGAAGAAACGGUGAGGGCGAUGACCCAUGUGAUCAACCAGGGGAUGGCCAUGUAUUGGGGGACAUCACGGUGGACCUCCAUGGAGAUCAUGGAGGCAUAUUCGGUGGCUCGACAGUUCAACCAGAUCCCACCCAUCUGCGAACAGGCAGAGUACCACAUGUUCCAGAGGGAGAAGGUUGAAGUGCAACUCCCUGAACUCUUCCACAAGAUAGGCAUUGGAGCUAUGACAUGGUCUCCACUGGCCUGUGGGAUCCUCUCAGGGAAGUAUAACAGUGGGAUCCCCUCUUGUUCACGUGCUGCACUCAAGGGUUAUCAGUGGAUGAAGGACAAGAUCCUGAGUGAGGAGGGGCACCGCCAGCAGAUGAAGCUCAAAGAGUUGCAGGCAGUGGCUGAGCGACUAGGCUGCACCCUGCCCCAACUAGCCAUUGCAUGGUGCCUGAGGAGUGAGGGGGUGAACUCUGUCCUGCUGGGAGUCUCCAGAACUGAUCAGUUGAUGGAGAAUGUCAGAGCAAUACAGGUUCUUCCGAAGUUAUCACUGUCAGUUGUAUCUGAGGUGGAUAACCUCUUGGGGAACAAGCCCUAUAGUAAGAAGGCUUCCUAGAAGAUCCUAGAAGCACCAGGGAUGAAUUGUCAUGCUGUCCUGCCUAUGAAUGAGAGACAGCAACACACAUGGGCAAUAUAUAUAUAUAUAUAUAUAUAUAUAUAUGUAUAUAUAUAUUCAUUUGUGACAGUAAACAGCGAAUAACAAGCAAAGAUUUGCCAUAACUCAUUUCACCAAGUUAAUGCACUGUCGAUAUACUUCCUUGUUCACAUUACCACAUAAUAAUUGUACAGUAUGCAAUACUUAUUACAGUUGUUUGAACAAAAGAAAAAAUUUAAAAAAGGCACUUUAUUGUAAUCAGCUAAAAAACUAGCUGAUCAUUGAGCAAGAUGCAGCAUGGUGCACCAAACAAGGCAUCUUCACUGUCUAAAGACUGUUAACUCAGCACAUCGCAGUAUGUGUAACUUCAAAUAUUCAUUGUUGCAUCUGCAUGCAAUUAAACACAUA